UUUUGAUCGACAACUAAAAUGGCGCGGGUUUGCAUGCAGAAAUGCGAAGUCUACACAUAGGCGCACUCAUAAGUUUCAGAUAUACAGUUUUAUUGAACUGAAGGAUGAAGCCAGCCAACAUACUCUGAGUGUUCAGUAAUGGAAUCUACCAUGUAUCUCCGAUGAGGUGAUGGAAUCUACCGUUUAUCUCCGAUGAGGCGAUGGAAUCUACCAUGUACCUCAGAUUUUGGGAGAUCCAGGCAGCACUGAAUCAUGGUUUUCAAACUAACAUGAAGUAUAUAAAUUCAACUUUAUUCUCAGUGCUUGUCGUGCCAUCACUGGUGUGAAUACACCACCCAUCAGUGUCAUGAUGGAUAACAGUCCACACGAUGCUAGUGUGUCAAACAAUGACGUCAGUGUCAAUCAAGACUCAGUACUGACUGAAGAUGAAGGCACAGAUGUUAAAAAGAAUCAGAAAGAAUCCUCAGAUUCGACUGAAGAACAGGUUGCUGAUAGCACAGGAACUAAGGAAGUCGAAGGCAUAAUGGAAGGUAGUUCUGAUAUUGUGGCAUGUUCUGAUAGGGUUGGAAGCCCUGAUACGGAUUCUGAUGACAGCCAGUGGACGGAUAUAUCAGACGAAGUAACAGAAGAUGAAAAAGAAUCUGCUGUUCAGAUUGUUUCCCGUAAGAGUUUUGCAAGCACGCCAGUCAAGGACAAAGCAGCUCAGAACUCCAGCAGUUUGAGUGAAGAGGAGAAGCAGAACUAUGCAUUUAUUAGUGAGCAGUUGUCAAUCUUGAACCAGGAGAGCAGUGAAGUGAAUACAGCCAUGCAUCGGUCACAGAAGAAACAGUUGAAAAACACACCAUCAAAGCACAAGGGUGACCAGAAGAAGACGCCAAGGAAACAUCUAAUCAUGGCAAGCUUAGAACUAGAGAACAGGAAGUCAUUGAAGAAGAGACUUGAAACCACGCCUCCAUCGACACCGAGCAAGUCGGUUGUUGCUGAUGCUGCUGGUGCUAGUGGCAUUGCUGGUGUUGACUACCUGAGUGCUGACGAUGCCGACACCUCCCAGGACAGAUUGCAAAUUGCGGAUACUGACAUGGAUGACAAGUUGGAGGAGAGCGCGCCAGAAGCAAGGGCCUGACUGCGGUCAAUGUGAAGAAUAUAAUUCAUGAACUGGUGAAGAAUGAGGAUGUCCAACAGAUGAUACGGAACAGCCUGAAUGAACAGCUGACCAGCAUUGGGCGUCUCACCCAUGAACCCAAGAUGACACGAGCCAAAGUGAAGGAGGUCAUCGAGAAAGGGGUGCCCUUAGAAAAAUGGCCGCUGUCACCAGUGAAGAAGCCAACAGCAGCCAAGAAGCCAAGCAUCCUGGACCUCUACUUUCCUGAUGAUGAAGACGAUGAUGAGUACUCCCCAGACAAAGAUACGGAGGCUCAGCGUGAGAGUGACGAUGACAUGGAGAGUAUGAUAUCCUCCCAAGCAAGUGAUCUGGGUUCCCCCAUGCCGCCCACCCCCUCUACCCCCACAGUGAGGACCCCCCUGCAGGUCAAUACUCCACAGACAGGGGACACCGAGACAUUCCGGAGUCCUAUGGCUUCUACAUCUGGUGUGAGUCUACAUCGUACCUCGGCACUGGGACAGCACUUCAAGACCUCCAUGGCAGCCCUGGAAGACACUUCUACACAAGAGAGUACACAUUCAGAUAUAAUAGCUCGACGAACAAGAUCCAAACUGCCCUUGACUGACACAUCUUUGACCGCCAUAGAGGAAGCGUUUGUCGCACCAGACAUCACUCCAGAUAUGUAUGACACGGAAUGUGAUGACUCAGAAUGGCAGGAGUUCCUCCGGUCCCUCGUCAAGCCAGACUCGGAGCCUGUUGAUCAGCCAGCUGACGAUGAGGCAAAUGAUCCUGAAUUCAAUUUCUUGGAGGAAGCUGAAAAAAUUGUUGAAGUGGAGGAAGAUUUCAGAUUUGACCGACCUUUUAGGGUUUCAAAGAAGGAACUGAACCAGCUGAUAGAUGAACUUGAUGAACUGUUCCCAGAGCAGGAGGAAGAGGAUAAGUCUAUGUAUUUGGAGGAAACACUGCCACAAAAGCCAACCGUCAAGGCCAAAAAGUCUCCAGUUAAAGCUCCCAUGACCAGUAUUCAUCGGGCAGAGCUGGAGGAGAAUGCUCUCAUCACCACUACAGAGGAGAAACUACUCAUCGAGGAACAAAUGCGAAAGCACGUCCAACUGACGACACAGCUCUUCUUCCUCUGUAAGGGUAGCGAGGACUUCGAGUCCCUGACCAGCUCAUGCAGACAACUAUUGAGGGAGCUUGACAUCUUCCGCUGUGUGUCGAUGGCACGUGACCUGUCGUCCUACAACGUAUGUAACCUGGAGCAGGCUAUAGAUGUGGUCGGGGAGGACACCUCCUGGAACCUGAUCCAGGAGAAUGAAGAUGCUUCCUCCUACUCUGUGGAAGACACCAACAGCAAUGCCACAGACUCUGACUAUGACUCGGUGGAUGGAGGCAAGAAGAUUGCCAGAAAGAAAGGAAGCUCGUCUACAAAGCACCCAUUACUGCCAUCUCAGAUUGAGGUGUUCUGGUCCAGCCCAGUGUUCCUCUACCCUCAGUUGCUGCCUUGUCGGCGGUUAUUGUCGCUGGAAGAAGCCAGAGACAGCCGUCUUACCUUCACCAGCGGGGAGGACAACUUGAUAGCCCUGGGUCUGGAGCAGUUCCAUGGACUGAAGAACCCUCGCAGUCUCAUUCAGAAGUACUUGUUACCUGCCAAAACCCUGAAGCAGAUCAACUUACGAAUCAAGAAUAUGUCCAGCCAGAGGUCCCCAGAUAAUCCAAUCAAGUAUUUCCGGCAGAACAAGAAUAUGUUGCCAAAGACUCUGGUAGUGGAAGCCUUCUCCCCAGACCAAAUGGUGGCUUUACGAGACCAGGAUGACAGUAUUCUACCAAUAUGGGCCAAGAAAAAACGGGCGAAAGAGGCAGCACGUGCACUGAAGGGACAGAAGAAACAGAAGAAGAGCAGUGAGAGGAAGAGGUCGUCAAGUCUGAGUACACCUUUGGAUUUGGUGGAAGUUAGCAAUCAACUUGAGGUGGAUGUAACAUGGUCCCCAAGCAAGAAGAAACCCCACUCGGCACCAGUUUCACCUGCUGAUAACGAGGAUGGAGACAGUGGCACAAAGAGACGCUGUGUAGAAGACACAUACUCUCACCUGGCACAUAACUUCCCACAAAAGAUGCCAGUCGGCAAACCUAUUAUCACGCCAGAGGGAAUCUUCAUCCCCUUCAAGGCAGCGUCCCAAGCUAGCUCAGUAUCAACAUCAUCAACACCAUCUUCAACGUUUCCCAACCCACAGCUGUCUUUGCCUAGUUUAUCAACUGAUUUAAAAUCCCUGCAUGGGUCCAUUCGAGUGAUUCCUGGUACUAAACCAGGUGAAUCUCCUCAGAUUUUAUCCUCUGUGAUAGCACUUCCAAGGGAAGCCAGUGCAGCUGUUCUGUGGCCCUGA